AUGCCUCCUCCGAGAUCCUCUACCUCUCAAAGCUAUGCUUCUACCUCUUACCGGAAUGCAGGAACCACGUCAACAUCACAGACACCAUUUGGAACAUCUCAGACUCCCUACGGAACUCGUCCGAGCACUGGUCGUCCCAACUCUGCCUACCAGAGUCGGCCAGGAACAGCUCGUCCAAGUACCGGCCGUCGAUCAAGAUCUCGAGGAGGGUCUACCAUCGGUGGCGGCGAAUCUCAGCACAUCAUCUGUGCUCUAAGUGACGCUCGUGGUAUCUCUCCCACCGUUGGACUCGCAUUCGUGAAUAUAUCUACUGGGGAGGCGGUUCUCAGUCAAAUAUGUGACAAUCAAUUCUACGCGAGGACCAUCAACAAGCUUCAUGUCUUUGACCCAACCGAAAUCCUCAUUGUUUCUUCGAGCGGUCCUCCAAAUCCCAAGUCGAAGAUGUACUCUAUUGUCGAGGAGAACAUUUUCGGCGCCAAAAUAGUCACUAUUGAUCGCAAGUACUGGUCAGAAUCGGCGGGGCUUGAAUAUAUCCAGCAUCUAGCCUUCUCCGAAGACGUUGAAUCAAUCAAGGUUGCUAUUGGAGGCAAUUACUUUGCAACCUGUUGCUUUGCCGCGGUUCUUAGAUACAUAGACCUCAGCAUGUCUCUGACUUUUGCCUACCACUCGCUCCGCAUCAAGUACCAACCAUCCGAAGGUUCUAUGAUGAUUGAUCUCUCUACAAUCCGGUCCUUGGAGCUCAUCCAAAAUCUGCAGAACGCCAAGUCCCGAGCUUGCCUUUACGGUGUAAUGAACCAGACCUUGACUCCGAUGGGGGCACGUCUUCUUAGAAGUACCAUCCUACAACCAUCAACGCAAGUUAGCGUCCUUGAGCAACGCUAUGACGCCGUCGAAGAGUUGUCUACGAAGGAGGACACGUUCUUCCAGCUGCGACAGGCUUUGAAAUCUGUCAUGGACAUCGAGAAAUUGCUCAGUAGUUUGAUCAUUAUGCCUACCCAGCCUGACAUUAUGUAUGCAGAACAAUCGAUCAACCAGGUAUUAAUGCUCAAGAGUUUUAUUCAAUCCGUCCUCCCAGUCUACGAAUCGCUCGCAGGUGCCAACUCAGAUCUUCUGGUAAUGAUUCGGGAAAAUUGCAAGCCCGAGUAUCUUGCCCCAACGAUGGACCUUAUCAAGGAGGUUAUCAAUGAGGAUGUGACUUACCAGAAGACGCCCUUAGACUUGCGAAAUCAGAGAACAUAUGCCGUGAAAUCCGGAGUUAGUGGUCUCCUCGAUGUGGCACGCCAGACUUUCAAGGAGACUACAGAAGAUGUACAUCAGCAUGUCACGGAUAUCAACCAACGGUAUGAGAUGGUCGCAGAGACCAAAUAUGAUAACGCUCGCCGGUAUUACCUGAAGUUGUUUGAACACGACUUCGAAGGACGGGAUAUACCCGAUAUUCUCAUUAACAGAUUCCAGAAGAAGGGCUGCAUUGAAUGUCAGACCUUGGAUCUCGUCAAGCUGAAUCAAAGAAUUGAGGGCUCACAUCAAGAAGUUGUUUUGAUGAGUGAUCAGACUGUUCAGGAACUGAUUGAUAACAUCCGAGGAGACAUCCCGACUCUUUUCAGAGUUUGCGAAAGUAUCGCCGUUCUCGAUAUGAUUACCGCUUUCGCACAUCUCGCUACCACCGCAGAUCCUCUGGCUGAGUACACGAGACCCCAGAUCGCGGAUGCUAUUGCUGUCGGAUCAGGACGACAUCCCAUCAAGGAGAGAAUUCACAAGGACAAGUUCAUUGCCAACGAUAUUUAUGCGAGUGAGCAGAAACGCUUCCAGAUCAUUACUGGCUGUAACAUGAGUGGGAAGAGCACCUAUAUUCGAUCCGUUGCUUUGAUUUGUGUAAUGGCCCAGGUUGGGAGCUUUGUGCCAGCAGCUCAUGCUGUGUUCCCACUCAUUCAUCAGCUCUUCGCUCGAGUCUCUAUGGAUGAUUCUAUCGAAGCAAAUGUGUCAACCUUUGCGUCUGAAAUGAGAGAGACUGCUUUCAUCUUGAGAAACAUUGAUAAAAACAGCCUCGCGAUCAUUGAUGAGCUUGGCCGAGGCACUAGCAGUCGUGAUGGGCUGGCUAUCUCGUUGAGUAUUGCUGAAGCUCUUGUUCAAAGCAAGGCCUUGGUAUUCUUUGCAACUCACUUCCGAGAGCUUGCCCAGAUUAUGCAACAAAGACUGGGGGUAGUCAAUAUGCAUCUUGAAGUGGAUUUGAGUCAAGAGAGCACCAUGACAAUGCUUUACAAGGUCAGAGAUGGAUAUGUCCAGGAACAGCAUUAUGGUAUCGCUCUCGCCCGUGUCGUCGAUCUGCCGCAACAGGUAAUCGAGGUCGCGGAGAGAGUGUCGAGAGCGCUAGAAGCUCAAGCACAGGCCAAGAAACAGUCAUCGAAAGCACAAGCACUCUUCAAGAGAAGGAAGUUAGUUCACGCUUUAAGAGAGAGCUUGAAGCAUGCAGCGAAUUCGCUCUUGGACGACAAAGCGUUGCUAAGCUGGGUAGUCAGACUACAGGAUGAGUUCAUACGCCGCAUGGAUGCAAUUGACAAAGAUAUUGCCAGCAGCGAUAAUGAGUCUUCGGUGGUCGCGGGUGGGGAGGAGGAGGAUGAGGAGGAGGAGGAGGAGGAGGCGGCUGGGAUCGAGCAUGGCGAGGACGCGGUGGAAAUAGAAAGCAGCAGUAGUGAAUAA